UCUAUGCAAUGCUUUCUUGCACUCUUAAGAGCAGUUUGUAAGACACGGAAACCUCAGUUUUAUGACUUUUAGUCUAUGAAAUACAGAAAGCUGAGACUCUUGCUCCUCAGUAACUAGUAUGUGAUCACGAGGUGCCUUCCUAAGUGUGGACCACAGUUCAGGGAGGGAACCAUUGAUCAUUUCGUCUACGUCAGCUUCCAAGGUGCAAAAAUCAUUGUAGUAUAUAAUUGAGGCCACAUAGGCCCGAGGCAGGAGCCCAGUUCCAGCCCUAUGUUUUGCCCUUGCUAGGUGCUCAGUUAGCAGGUUUCUUGGCUGUUUGCCAGUUGGCUCAAAAGCUUGGAAAACCUCAUUUGCUUUGUUCAUCGCCUGUAACCAUCGCUAGAUGGUUGUGAGGAUCAAAAGGGACGAGUGAGGUUCUGCCUGACUGGACUUCUGAAUGAAGUUUGCAGUAAAUCUGACCGGGGCAAGACUCCAAAAGUUUCAGAUGCGUUGUGUGUUCUGAGCACUAGUUUUGUCUGUCUCUAGGUACUUCUAGCAUAAAAUUAGAAGAACGUAGUAUGAACACAGAAGAAUAAGCAGGAGGAAUCGUUGUAAUUGGGUUAUUUUAAAAGGGAAACUGGCGUUGCUGAGUUACCAAUAUGAAACAAUCAUUUAGAUCUCUUAGCUGUUUAAGUAUAUAAUACUUUUUAUUAGAAAUCUCUAGACUUCCACAUUAAGUAUCAUUUUAAAAGAUUAAAGCACCAAACAUCAAAACAACGUAGUUUCAGGAGACCCAGAUGUAGAACCCCGGGACAUGCAAACUUCUCUUUGAUGAGGACAUAUUGUCAUUGGCCAGGGCCUUGAGCUUCCUGCUUUUGAGAACUUCUACACCUGCAGUUGAAAUGUAGAGUCUUUUUUGGUUUUCUCACAAGGAACUUCUGAAACCUUUCUUUAGUUAAAACCAGCAAAGCAUUCACAAUUUUGGAAUUUAAAGUAUGUCAACAUGGCAAAAUUUCGAAGAAAGACUUGCAUCAUUUUGUCACUUUUUAUCCUAUUUAUUUUCUCUCUGAUGAUGGGCUUAAAGGUGCUGCGGCCAAAUACAGCAUCCUUUGGAACUCCUUUUGGGCUUGACCUUCUUCCAGAACUUCGUCUACCAAACGCCCCCUUGGGAAACAAAGCUGAUUUCCAAAAGACUGAUAGAAUCAACAUGGAAAGAAAUACGAAGAAUUCAAAAGCUACUGACAUUCCUGUGCGGCCACCCAAAGCCUCUGAAGUGAGCCUGGAAAAGCUGCCUCCUCUGAAUUAUUUUUUACACGUAUUUUAUUACAGUUGGUAUGGAAAUCCACAAUUUGAUGGCAAAUACAUACACUGGAAUCAUCCCGUCUUGGAACACUGGGACCCUAGAAUAGCCAAGAACUAUCCACAAGGGAGACAUGUUCCACCAGAUGACAUUGGCUCCAACUUUUAUCCAGAGUUAGGAAGUUACAGCUCUCGAGACCCUUCUGUCAUAGAAACACACAUGAGACAAAUCAGCUCAGCCUCGAUUGGAGUACUGGCCCUUUCUUGGUACCCACCUGAUUCAAGUGAUGAGAAUGGAGAAGCUACUGAUCACUUGGUACCAACAAUUAUGGAUAAAGCUCAUAAAUAUAACCUGAAGGUCACCUUUCAUAUAGAACCGUAUAGCAAUCGAGAUGAUCAAAGCAUGCAUAAAAAUGUCAAGUAUAUUAUAGACAAAUAUGGAAACCAUCCAGCCUUUUAUAGGUACAAGACAAGGACGGGGCAAUCUUUGCCUAUGUUUUAUGUCUAUGAUUCCUAUAUUACAAAACCUAAAAUGUGGGCCAAUCUGUUAACACCUUCAGGAUCUCAGAGUGUCCGCAGUACUCCUUAUGAUGGAUUGUUUAUUGCACUUCUCGUAGAAGAAAAGCAUAAAAACGAUAUUCUUCAAAGUGGUUUUGAUGGAAUUUACACCUAUUUUGCCACCAAUGGCUUUACGUAUGGCUCAUCACAUCAGAACUGGGCUAACCUGAAGUCAUUUUGCGAUGAGAACAAUUUGAUGUUUAUCCCAAGUGUUGGCCCAGGAUACAUCGAUACAAACAUUCGUCCGUGGAACUCUCAGAACACUAGGAACCGCAUCAACGGGAAGUAUUAUGAAGUCGGUCUAAGCACUGCACUCCAGACCCACCCCAGUGUAAUCUCCGUCACCUCUUUCAAUGAGUGGCAUGAAGGAACGCAGAUUGAAAAUGCUGUCCCCAAGAGAACCACUAACACAGUAUACUUGGAUUACCGACCUCAUAAGCCAAGUUAUUACCUAGAACUAACUCGGAAAUGGUCAGAAAAAUACAGUAAGGAAAGAAUGACAUACGUGUUAGAUCAACAGUUGCCUGCUUCGUAAUGUAUAUUAUAGUUUUUCAAAUUGCCUAGCUUCAGUAAACAUCCUAUGUUUUGUUUAUGAAAAGAAAACUGUCAAACUCAAUGUGCAUUUGACUACUGUUCCCUUUAUCAGUUACUUCAUUUUUAUUUUUAAAAGAAGAUAUUACUUGUCCUACAAUGGACAGUACCAUACAAAGAAUACUUCCCAUGAGAGAUGUCAUGUGGUAACAUUCUUUAUGGCAUGUUUUUCUGAAUUCCCAACUUCAGUUGAAGUUUAAAUGGGAUGGCCCUUUAGGUUUCUGUUUCACAGUAGAGAAAAUGCUUGCAUUUAUAAACUAGCUAACAUGCAGGUAAGCUGUACUUGUAUUCUUAGUCCAAAGACAGUAGUAUGGACAUGUUAGGUACAUCUAACCACAGAACUACAGAACAAAAAGACAGUAGAUGGAUAUGCAUCAUUUCUGAACUCUUUGCUGGUUCUGAGAUUUGUUCAUAUUCAGUUUCUGACUGGCUUCCCCUAGUGAUCAAAUACACUUGUCAAGUUU